AUGUCGCCGCCAAGGGACCCAGAAAUCGCCCUCACAGAAGGCGCUGGCUCCCCAGUACUCACCGGUGAAUUAAACGGCAUCGGGAGUAGUUUCCGAGAAAGAGGCACUCUCAAACAGGGUCUUCACCAAAGACAUAUUCAAAUGAUUGCUCUGGCCGGCACAAUCGGUACGGGCCUCUUUCUCAACUCCGGGCAAGCACUCGCAACAGGGGGCCCUCUAGGGGCCCUCCUCGGAUACACUAUUGUUGGGCUUGCGGUUUCCAAUGUUGUCCUCGUCGUUGGAGAGAUGGGUGCUCUAGUGCCUCUGAGCGGAGGUCUUGUUCGGUAUUCGGAAUUCUUCUUCGACCCGGCUAUGUCCUUCGCUAACGGAUGGAACCAAGUAUGCUCAUAUUUGGUGACCAUCCCGGCUGAGAUUGUGGCGGCUUCGAUCUUAGUUGAAUUCUGGGUCACUGUUAACAGCGCGAUAUGGAUUACAGUUUUCAGCCUUCUGAUACUCGUCACAGCGCUGCUAUUCAUCCGGAUCUACGGAGAGCUCGAGUUUGUAUUUGCAAUCAUGAAGAUCUUACUGAUCAUUGGCGUCAAUCUAUUGGCGCUUGUGAUUACCUGCGGGGGUGGACCUAGUGGCCAGUCGAUUGGAUUCAGGUAUUGGAAAUCGCCAGGACCUUUUGUUCAGUAUCUCGGCAUCGAGGGCGCUUUCGGGCGCUUUCUCGGUUUCUGGUCGACUCUCAAUAAUGCAGUGUUUGCAUACGCCGGAGCUCAGAACAUCACCCUGGCCGGUGCUGAAACCAGGUCCCCGAGACACGCCAUUCCGAGCGCAACAAAGCGCAUCUUAUUCCGCAUUCUUAUCUUCUAUGUCCUGUCGAUCUUCAUGAUCGGAUUAGUGGUCCCUUCUAACGACCCCAGCCUUCUUCAUUUAACCGGCACAGCUUCUCAGUCACCGUUCGUUAUCGCUGCUCGGCGAGCAGAGAUAAACAGUGUCCCCUCGAUUAUCAAUGCCGCUAUCAUCACUUCAGCCUGGUCUGCUGGAAAUUCAUUUAUUCUUUUCGGCUCCCGGAUCCUAUUUGGCAUGGCGAUGCAUGGACAUGCUCCCGCGGUAUUCCAGCGAGUCAACCGCUUCAGUGUCCCCUAUGUGGCCAUCCUGUUUCUUGGAGCCUUUAUGUGUUUGGGCUAUAUGGCCCUUAAUAAGUCAGCAAUCACUGUCUUCGGAUGGCUCCAGGCCGUUGUGGCAGUCUCUACGUUAGUGGACUGGGGUAUCGUCUGCAUAGUAUACCUCCGAUUAUACUACGGGUCUAAAAGACAGGGCAUCGACCGGCAUGGAGAGUUCCCAUGGGCAGCCCCUUUUCAACCUUACUCCACCUGGGCCUCUCUUGCUCUAUUCCUGCUUUUGCUUUUCACUGGAGGGUUUAGCACUUUUAUCCAUGGCCACUGGGACACUGAGGUAUUUCUUUCAUCAUACAUCAACAUUCCGAUUGUCUUGGCACUAUACCUCGGAUACAAAUACUGGAAAAAAACACAUAUCCUCGCUUUGAAGGAUAUCCCCAUCGUGGGCUUGAUCCAGUUCUAUCUUCUUCAAGAUCUGGAGGCUGCAUCGCCACGGAAAAGGGGCCUUGCGAGACUUAAUAUUCUCUGGUCCUAG